UGAUUAUUUGUGUAAAAGGAAAUUGAGCCAUGAGGUAUUUGGUGAUGAGUAAAAGUUCUAUUAAAGUACUAUUAAAAACAAUCUCUGCCAGCAGGGGCGUUAUAUUUCCAGAUUAUUUUGUGAAAGAUUUGCUUUAAAUAAGAAAUAGUGUACUUACAAAUCUGAACAUUUGACCUGGGAAAUAUUUAUUUUUCAACAACUUUACUAAGGAGGGAGUGACAUUAAUAACAGACUUCUCAUAUUUGUAUUUUUAAGAUUCUUUUUACAUGUUCAGAAAGUCAAGAUAAUAGUUGUUUUGAAAGCAGGCCUCUAUAUGGUUGAAAGGACAGUCCAACUGGUUUUAAUCUGUCAUAGUUCUAAGAAACCUGAGCACGAAACCACAGUGGAAAUCCCUUAUAUUAUGUUAGCAGAAAGUUCUAGUGUCUUCUUGACUAAAAUGAAAGGUAUUCAAGGGUAAUUAAUGGAGAACAGAAGUUAGGUGCGUCUUUAUGAACACAAAAUUUCCUGGUUUUUCUUUUUAUCCUGUUCAGUCCUUGAAUUUGAACAUGUCUAUCUUGAAAAUCUUCCAAGCGCUUCAAUGUAUGAACGCAGUUACAUGCACAGAGAUGUCAUUACGCAUGUAGCAUGUACUAAGACAGAUUUUAUCAUAACAGCCAGUCAUGAUGGACAUGUAAAAUUCUGGAAAAAAAUAGAAGAAGGGAUUGAGUUUGUUAAACAUUUUCGUAGUCACUUAGGAGUUAUUGAGAGUAUUGCUGUUAGCUCAGAGGGGGCUUUAUUCUGUUCAGUUGGAGAUGACAAAGCAAUGAAGGUGUUUGAUGUGGUAAAUUUUGAUAUGAUCAACAUGCUGAAGCUUGGCUACUACCCUGGUCAAUGUGAAUGGGUAUAUUGUCCUGGAGAUGCCAUAUCUUCUGUUGCCACAUCUGAGAAGAGCACAGGAAAAAUAUUCAUCUAUGACGGACGAGGAAAUAACCAGCCACUUCAUGUUUUUGAUAAACUCCAUACAUCCUCUCUUACUCAGAUACGGUUGAACCCUAUCUACAAAGUAGUAGUGUCUUCUGACAAAUCUGGAAUGAUUGAGUACUGGACUGGUACUCCUCAUGAAUAUAAAUUUCCCAAGAACGUGAACUGGGAGUAUAAAACAGAUACUGAUUUAUAUGAAUUUGCUAAAUGCAAGGCUUACCCAUCCAGUAUAAGUUUUUCACCUGAUGGCAAGAAAAUGGCUACUCUUGGGUCUGACAGAAAAGUUAGAAUUUUCCGGUUCUUGACGGGGAAGCUCAUGAGAGUCUUUGAUGAAUCUCUGAGUAUGUUUACUGAACUUCAGCAAAUGAGACAACAGUUACCAGACAUGGAGUUUGGCCGACGCAUGGCUGUUGAGCGUGAGCUGGAGAAAGUGGAUGCAGUAAGAUUAAUUAAUAUAGUUUUUGAUGAAACUGGACAUUUCGUUCUCUAUGGAACAAUGUUGGGAAUUAAGGUCAUAAAUGUAGAGACUAACAGGUGUAUUCGUAUCUUGGGCAAACAAGAAAACAUCAGGGUGAUGCAACUAGCUUUGUUCCAAGGAGUAGCAAAGAAACAUCGUGCUGCAAUCACUAUAGAGAUGAAGGCAUCUGAAAACCCUGUUCUCCAGAACAUCCAGGCAGAUCCGACAGUAAUCUGCACAGCUUUUAAAAAAAAUAGGUUUUAUAUGUUUACUAAACGUGAACCAGAAGAUACAAAGAGUGCAGAUUCUGACAGAGAUGUGUUUAAUGAGAAACCUUCUAAAGAAGAGGUCAUGGCAGCCACUCAGGCGGAAGGUCCCAAAAGAGUUUCAGACAGUGCCAUUAUCCACACAAGCAUGGGAGACAUUCAUAUCAAGCUUUUUCCUGUUGAGUGCCCCAAAACAGUGGAAAACUUCUGUGUACACAGCAGAAAUGGCUAUUACAAUGGACACAUAUUUCACCGUAUUAUCAAGGGUUUCAUGAUUCAGACUGGUGACCCAACAGGUACAGGAAUGGGAGGUGAAAGUAUUUGGGGAGGAGAAUUUGAAGAUGAGUUUCAUUCAACUUUACGACACGACAGACCUUAUACACUCAGUAUGGCUAAUGCAGGACCAAAUACCAACGGAUCCCAGUUUUUUAUAACAGUAGUGCCAACUCCUUGGCUAGACAACAAGCACAGUGUGUUUGGACGGGUGACUAAAGGAAUGGAAGUUGUUCAGAGAAUCUCAAAUGUGAAAGUCAAUCCCAAAACUGACAAACCCUAUGAGGAUGUCAGCAUCAUUAACAUCACAGUGAAGUAAGCUAGGAGUUGAAGGUUCCGGCUUUAAAAGAAAAAACAAAAAACCACACCCCUCAACAUUGUGGGACGAAAAAGGACUCAGAAAAGAGAGAUUGCUUUUGAUAGUUCUUGGAUGUAAGAAACCCCAGGGCACAGCAGACAGUUCUACUACUUUUUAAGGUAUCUAAAGUGCCCUAAGCCUGUAUUUUUAGUAAUUUUGUAUUUUAAAGUAAAACUAUAUGCAUGUUUUUUAACGUC